CCAUGUCCCCGUCUCCUAUCCAUGUUGGAGCCUCGAAAAUUAUCAAGUGCAUGUAAUCAAGAUUGCACUUCUGCUCGGUUUCCUUUCCUUCUCUUCACCAUCAGAGCUGCUCUUAUUUAAAAGGUUUAUCCCUCUCGCUCUUUCCUUCUCUUCUAACGCUUCUUUUCCGUCUCGUCGAUGAUUUUCUCCUUGACAGACAGUAACAAGUUUGCUGCAUUUCUAUGCCUCAAUUUUUCUCAUCUCUUAGCUUUCUCUGUUCUUCCACUAGUCUUCCAACUUCUUCUCUCUACCUCUCCUCUGAAAGCUCCUUCUCUAGCCUAGCUUGUCUUUUUCUACCCUGUCUCAUGAUAUUUUGGAAAUAGAGUAGUAACAUUUUGCUACUGAAUCACUCAAGUAAAUGACAUGAUAUUUAUUUUGUUUUGGUAUAGCAUUUUAUUUGGAGUUGCUUGAACUCAUUAUUAAUCAAGCAAUCUAUAGAGAGUUGCAUUAUUAACCACAUAAUCUUUUUUUCUAUAUGCUGGAGUCUUGCAUGAGAUUAAGUAGUAGUUUUUUCCUAGGAAAUGUACAACAACUGAAACAAUAUUUCACAAACACAAUACCCAGAAGAGAACAUAUCAAUAUGUUCAAGUACAAUUAUAAACAUUAAUUAGAAUGACUGAAACAACCAGAAGAAGAUGAAAAAAAGUGAAAGCAAAAGAAAGGAUCCGAGGCCGAAGCUGUCUGAGUCAGUGGAAGUCGCAGAGGCAGGUGAUGGUAUAAUGAGAAGGGAAGGGAUCCAUGGAGAGAUCCAAGAAGAAGAGAAGACAUGGAGAAGCAGAAGGAGAAGUAAGAGAAGGAUUCCUACAAUGAAUGUUCCGGCUUGUAAGAUUGGUAAUAUGUAAUCCUCUAAUAGCAAGAUAAGGUAUGAGCCGCAGAGGAGCCAUCCAAAGACUACGACGAGCACAAGUGGAAGUACUGGCGACGGCCCUUUGCUCUCCAUGUUCUCUCUAUCGACACUUUAGCCCUUGGCUUAAGGAUCUCUCCAUGCAUUUCAUUACUUUUAUAUUCGUACGUGACAAUUUUUUUAAUAUACAUGAUUUGGUUGGAUGCAUGAGGUUAGAUAACCUAAUUACCGCAAAUUUCUUUUAAUAUUCCAUUAUGUUUUAUUCUUAUGUAU